AUGAAAUUACUUGAAGUCAUUCGUACAUCAUCAACAAGUGAUGAAACAUUUCAAACAAUGUUAAAUUUUGGUAAAGCAUUAGAAAAAACAACUGUUUCUUGCAAAGAUACUCCAGGUUUCAUUGUUAAUCGAUUAUUAAUACCUUAUCAUGCUGAAGCAGUACGAAUGAUUGAACGUGGUGAUGCAACACCUGAAGAUAUUGAUACUGCAAUGAAAUUAGGUGCAGGUUAUCCUAUGGGACCUAUUGAAUUAAUGGACUAUGUUGGUUUAGAUACAUCAAAAUUUAUUACUGAUGGAUGGCAAAAACGUUAUCCUGAUGAACCAUCAUUUCGAACAAGUGAUUUAAUAAAUAAACUUGUUUCUGAAGGAAAACUUGGUAGAAAAACAGGUGCUGGUUUUUACAAAUAUUCCAAAUAA